GGCGUUGUUGUCAUUUUUCUGUGUUGUGAAAGUUUCUCGUGUGUUUAUUAUUUGCUCAAUUUUUUUUUGUUUGUAAAAGAAUUAUUCCAAAAUCAAAACAACAAUGGCCAAAAAUACGAUAAGCAGCCAAUUUCGUAAGAUUGAUGUUGAUCAAUUUUGUGAAGAUGUUUUCAAAGAAGAAGAUCAAUUGGAUCAAACUAGUCCGGCCGGUUUGAAUGUUGAUGAAAAAGAAAUUAGCAAUCUAAUCAAUUCGGGUAAAUUAAAAGAAGCAUUAAAAUUAGUAUUGAAUUCAUCACCAAUUGGAACCAAAAGUCAACAUUUACGUGAUGCAAAUUUUCAAUUAGUAUUAAAAGUAUUAUUAUCGGUAAAAAUUUCUGAAAUUGAAUCAAUUUGUAUGGAACUGAAUUUUGAUGAAAUCGAUAUACUAAUGAAAUAUAUUUAUCGUGGUUUUGAAUUACCAUCCGAUAAUUCAAGUGCACAUUUAUUAGUAUGGCAUGAUAAAGCAUUUCAAAAAGGUGGUGUUGGUUCUAUUAUUCGUGUAUUAACUGAUCGACGACGUGUUUAAACA